GCCAGUGUACGCUCGAUCGAUUCGCAUAAAAGCACAGCGCCGCAAGGGCUACAGGAUCUUUGAUUCGCAUAUCACGUAUAGAGGUCAUCGUCGAUAUCGAGUGCACAGUGCAGACGCAAAUAUUAGACAGACUUUUCAGAUUCCUUUUCGAUCUUUUGCCGGCCAGACAAGGCACUGCAGGUUUCAGUUCUUUGAGUUUGACCAAUCGUCACGGAGGAGGCUGUUUUUUUUUUUUUGGAUUUGCCCAGUAGACGACACUGCAAUCGACAAUGAAUUCUACCUUGAUCACUGUUAUCACAUAUUGUGGAGCUGUGAUUUCAGGCCUGGCUGUGUUGGAGAAUCUACUGGUGAUAGUGGUGCUAGCAGCAACCAGCUAUCUCCGCAUCAAGUACUUCACCUUCGUCUUCAAUCUCGCCCUGGCCGACCUGGGGUUUUCUGUGAUGCUAAUUGCCUAUGCCCUAAAUCGAGAUCAUGUUUUUUCUGCCCUUAUGCAGUCGUUUUUGUUUGUUGCUGUGCUGAUGAUUUUAGCAGUGGCUGUGAAUCGUUAUUUGACACUGACUAUCUCGCCGCCCUCUCGCUAUGAUGCGUUGGUGACGCCAUGCCGCCUGGCAAUGGUUUGCCUUCUUCUUUGGUGUUUCUCCUUCGCACUUAAUGUGCCGGUAGUCUUGGUGGCAUCUAAAGAUGUUCGCUUGAUUCUAGCAGCGUGGUUUAGACCUCCAUUCGUACUCGUCGUGUGGAUCGUGACCGUUGUGCUGUACCUCAUUGUCUUCAGAAAGAUCAAUAGCUAUACCAGUCUUCCCACGAUUCCAUCAAGCCCAGUUUACGGCACCAAUAACCCAGACAUGACCGAACAGUCCCCCCCUCGUGUUGGCCAGACCCGUCGCCUGAUGAUCACUUUCUCCAUCAUUCUUGUGACAUCAUUCAUUUGUUGGACCCCUUUCAACAUCGCCCAGAUAAUGGAGUAUUUCAUCAAAACUGGUCAGAGCACAAUCUCCGAUGAUACCCUCAACAACUUCAAUACAAUUGGCGCUUUUGUUUAUUGUCUGUCUCCAGCUAUCAACCCGCUAAUCUACUGGUGGCGUUUGGAUGGUUUCAGGCAGGGCUUCAAAGGACUGUUCUGUUGCUGUCUGCUUCAGAAACCAGAACAACUGGUUGAAGAAAUUGUUGAUGAUAACGAAGACCAGCAAAAUACUGAACCCAUUGGUUAAACCCCCCCCCCCCCAC